AUCUCCCAUAUCCACAUAAGAAAAACCUGAAAAGCCCUAAUUACAAAUCAUCUCAAGAAACCUAGCUAGCUAAUAAGCUUUCUUGUCAAAUAAUAUAUCAAAAUGGGAAUCAGAUUCAGCCAUGGUCCUUCGACUACAACCAUUCACUACAGGAGUCAUCAUGAUCAUCAAGAUGAUGGUGAGGAUCAUAGGAGCAAGAAGACGAACAUCAUCAAUCACGACAAGUCUCAUCAAAACCAAUCAAGUUUUCAGAUUCCACUUCAUUAUCCAAAGUAUACGAAAAGUGAUUAUGAGAAAAUGCCAGAGUGGCAAUUGGACCAGCUUCUUAGAGAGUACGGCUUGCCGAUCAUCGGAGAUUCUUACGAGAAGAGGAAGUUUGUCAUCGGAGCUUUUCUCUGGUCGCCGGAGAACUAGCACUAGCUAGGUGUUAUCGUAACAUGAGUUUCAUCGUACGUCAUAUACUCAUAUGUAUAUGUAAUAUGUUACUAUUUAAAAUAAAAAUAGAUUGGUUAAAUGGUGAAAAAAGAAACAUGUUUGCAUGUAUAUAUUUAUCUUGGACAUGUCUAUGUGUUGAUCGUGUGUUUCUCUACUCUCCAUGUAUGUUAUUGUUAUUACCUCAUGGG